CCCCAGCAACUCUUCCCAGGAUCAGGCUCCAUGCAGAGAGAAGCUUCAAGAGUGUUCAUUCUCUCAAGGCAUCCCUGCAAACCCACCCAGACGAGGAUCAGAGGCUCAGGGAAAGUGGCCUGUGAUCACAGCAGAUCCGGAGCUGGAGCCCGCCUGGCCGGAGCCGCGCGGGCGCUGGCGGCAGAGGCGACGACGUCGACGCGCGGAGGACGCCCAGCUCGAGGCGCCGCGGGAUGCAGCACUCAGGUCGGGGGGACCCCGGGACUCCCGCCCCGCCCCCCCGCCGGGCGUCGCCGCGCAGGUCUGCGAAGUUUCGCGUGGGUCCGCCAGAGGGCGCCCCGGGGCGGAGGCGGGGCGGGAGCCGGGAGCCCCCCGCAAGGGCUGCGGCGGGUCAGUCCCGCCCCGCGGGGCUGCGGCUCCCCCCGAGGGUCGGAGGCUGGCCGGGCGGUCCGGACUCGAGGGCAUCGGACGCUCCGUGGAGCCGGUUCCGGGGGAUGAAUGCGCCGGGCUUCAGAGUGGAGCGUCCUCAGCCGCCGUGGCGGCUCGGAUGCCGUCUCCCCGACCGACCCUCCUGUCCCCCCUCCCCGCCGCCCGCGCCCAGCCGGGAGGGGACUGCCCCGGGGUCACGCGUCGGGAGGGUCUCCGGGCCCCGGCCCCCGCCGCCCUCUGCCGAGCGGACACUUGGGAAUCCGCGCGGAGCGGGUGGGGGGGGGCACAGGAGGGGAGGGUCCCCGGUCUCCGGGGGGGCGCCGCCCCUGCCGUCUCCCGCCGCCUCGGCCCCGCCCCGGCCCCAGGCCCCGCCCCGGCCGGGCCGCACCACCCACUCCCCUCCGCCGGGCCCGAGCCCCGGGGGCAGCCGCGGCCGCCGCCCGAGCGCCCGCCAUGCCUGUCGCCCCCGCCGCCCGGCUGCUCCGGCUGCUGCUCCUGCUGGGGCCGUGGCUCCUGGCUGCGGGCGCCGUGGAGCCGCCGCUGCCCGCCGUGGUCCUUACCAUCCUGGCCCGCAAUGCCGAGCACUCGCUGCCCCACUACCUGGGCGCGCUGGAGCGGCUGGACUACCCCCGGGCCAGGCUGGCCCUCUGGCAGAGGCAAACAGCAUCUCUUCGGUCCAGUCCUGACUCGGAGAGGGGAAGGGACUGACCUGUGGUGUCCUGGCAAGGAAGGAAGGUGUCCAGGGUGUGCCACAGACCACAACACAGACAACACCACGGAGAUGCUGCAGGAGUGGCUAGCUGCUGUGGGUGAUGACUAUGCAACUGUGGUCUGGAGGCCCGAGGGGGAGCCCAGGUCCUACCCAGAUGAAGAGGGUCCCAAGCAUUGGACCAAAGAAAGGCACCAGUUUCUGAUGGAGUUGAAACAGGAAGCCCUGACCUUUGCCAGGGACUGGGGGGCUGAUUAUAUCCUGUUUGCAGAUACAGACAACAUUCUGACCAACAACCAGACACUGAGGCUUCUGAUAGAGCAGGGGCUGCCUGUGGUGGCCCCAAUGCUGGACUCUCAGACUUACUACUCCAAUUUCUGGUGUGGGAUAACCCCCCAGGGUUACUACCGCCGCACCGCCGACUACUUCCCCACCAAGAAUCGCCAGCGCCGGGGCUGCUUCCAAGUCCCCAUGGUCCAUUCCACCUUCUUGGUAUCCCUGCGGACUGAAGGGGCAGCCCAGCUUGCCUUCUACCCCCCGCAUCCCAACUACAGCUGGCCCUUCGAUGAUAUCAUCGUCUUCGCUUAUGCCUGCCAGGCUGUUGGGGUUACGAUCCAUGUGUGCAAUGAGCACCGUUACGGGUACAUGAAUGUGCCUGUGAAACCCCACCAGGGGCUGGAGGACGAGAAGGUCAACUUCAUCCACCUGAUCUUGGAAGCGCUAGUGGAUGGGCCCCCAAUGUGGGCCUCAGCUCAUGUGUCCCGGCCCCCAAAGAGACCCAGCAAGAUGGGGUUUGAUGAGGUGUUCGUCAUCAGCCUGGCCCGCCGGCCCGACCGCCGUGAGCGCAUGCUAAGCUCACUCUGGGAGAUGGAGGUGUCUGGGCGGGUGGUGGAUGCUGUGGAUGGCCGGACACUCAACAGCAGCCUCAUGAGGAGCCUCGGUGUAGACCUCCUCCCUGGCUACCAGGACCCCUACUCAGGCCGCACACUGACCAAGGGCGAGGUGGGCUGCUUCCUCAGCCACUACUCCAUCUGGGAAGAGGUGGUUGCCAGGCGCCUGGCCCGCAUCUUGGUGUUUGAGGAUGACGUGCGCUUUGAGAGCAACUUCAGGGGGCGACUGGAGCGGCUGAUGGAGGAAGUGGAGGCAGAGAAACUGCCAUGGGACCUAAUCUACCUCGGUCGCAAACAGGUGAACCCUGAAGAGGAGGCAGCUGUGGAGGGGCUGCCACACCUGGUGGUGGCUGGGUACUCCUACUGGACCCUGGCAUACGUCUUGAGCCUGGCGGGUGCUCGCAAGUUGCUUGCCUCCCAGCCCCUGCACCGAAUGCUGCCUGUGGACGAGUUCCUGCCCAUCAUGUUUGACCAGCACCCCAAUGAGCAGUACAAGGCACACUUCUGGCCUCGGGACCUGCGUGCCUUCUCCGCACGGCCCUUGCUCGCGGCGCCCACCCACUACGCAGGGGAUGCUGAGUGGCUCAGCGACACAGAGACAUCCUCGCCCUGGGACGACGACAGCGGCCGCAUCAUCAGCUGGAGUGGCUCUCACAAGACCCUGCGCGGCCCCCGCCUGGACCUGGCUGGCAGCAUUGGGCACAGCCUCCACCCUCAGCCCCGGGAUGAGCUCUAGGUCCAGGUGACUCCAGAGAAGUGUCCAGGAGCAGGCUGCAGCUGGCCAGGGAGCAGAGUUGGAGAUGGCGCUAGGAACCGCCGCCAGGAGCCACAGGCCCCAUAGAGACCCAACUGUCACCUUAGGCACAGCUACUCUGCCCUCUGGCCCCAUCUCACAUCGGGAGAAACCACUCAGAGAUGGCUCCCCUCCCUGAAGGUCAUGUAGAGAAAGGGCAGGGCUCUCAGGCCCUCUCACCCUGCCCGGCCUAACUCAGGGCCUGGGGUCAAGGGAAAGGGGGGGGCUCCCCAGCCUUCAGUUUCAAGCUGGAUAGACACCUGGAUCCCUGUCCUCCCCAUGGACCCAACUGCUGGGGCCUCUCCAUCACCUUCUACCUCCACCUCAGCCCCUCCCCAGUCAACACCUGGGUCUCACCUGCUGGGGCCCAUCCUCUCCCCUGGCCAGUGAGAUGUGCAGGGAGGUGGGAGGAGGACCCUUGCAGACCUAAUGCCCAGCACAAAAUAGGCCCUCAAUAAAAGCCAGCUGGUAUUUGCACUUUA